AGAGAUCGAAGAAAAACCCAAGACAUAUUUUCCCUCUUUUCCUCAGAAAUUUGAUUUAUUUCUGCAAUUGAGAAUUUGAAGAAACAAGAUUCAUAAAAAUGUGUGGAAUAUUUGCGUAUUUGAAUUACAACGUGAACAGAGAACGAAGGCACAUUCUUCAAGUUCUCUUCAAUGGCCUUCGUCGUCUCGAGUACAGAGGCUACGAUUCCGCUGGAAUUUCCAUCGACAAUGAUUUCUCGUCUUCUCCAAACACCGCUCAAUCAUCCUCCGACAAUUUUCUAUCUCCUCCCCCUCUCGUUUUUCGCCAGGAAGGCAAUAUCGAGUCCCUCGUCAAAUCUGUCUACCAAGAGGUAGCUGCAAUAGAGUUGAACUUGGACAAAUCCUUUACUACUCAUGCUGGUAUAGCACACACCAGAUGGGCUACUCAUGGGGAGCCUGCUCCAAGGAAUAGUCAUCCUCAGACUUCUGGUUCUGGGAAUGACUUCUUGGUUGUUCACAAUGGUGUUAUCACUAAUUAUGAGGCCUUGAAAGAGAUACCAAAGCUUGCCAAAUUUGUUUUUGACAAAGCAAAUGAAGAAGGUGAUCAGACUGUCACGUUCAGUCAAGUAGUACUUGAAGUUAUGAGGCAUCUUGAGGGAGCAUAUGCCCUUAUUUUCAAAAGUCCACAUUACCCAAAUGAGCUUAUUGCUUGCAAGCGUGGUAGUCCAUUGCUCUUAGGUGUCAAAGCAUUAAAUGAUGAUAUCUGCAAUGGAUCAGCAUUCCAUGAUGCUAAAUUUCUCUUACAAAAUAGCAAUCCUAAGGAACUUUUUCUAUCAAGUGAUGCAAAUGCAAUUGUUGAACACACAAAGAAAGUUCUUGUCAUCGAGGACGGUGAAGUAGUUCAUCUUAAGGAAGGAGAUGUAUCUAUCCUAAAGUUUAAUAAUGACAAAGGAAGAAAUGGAGACAGUCGUUCUGCUAGGCCUGCAUCAGUGCAACGUGCAUUAUCUAUUCUUGAGAUGGAGGUUGAACAAAUAAAUAAGGGAAAAUACAAGCAUUAUAUGCAGAAAGAAAUUCAUGAACAGCCAGAAUCUCUAACAACUACCAUGAGAGGAAGGCUUCUACGUGGAGGUUCCUGCAAGGCCAAGACUGUUCUUUUGGGUGGACUGAAGGAUCACCUUAAAACAAUUAGGCGAAGCCGAAGGAUUGUGUUUAUUGGUUGUGGUACAAGUUACAAUGCUGCUUUAGCUGCUAGACCCAUCAUGGAAGAAUUGUCUGGGGUGCCUGUUACAAUGGAAAUUGCUAGUGAUCUGUUGGAUCGGCAAGGUCUUAUAUACAGAGAGGAUACAGUAGUUUUUGUGAGUCAAUCUGGUGAAACAGCUGAUACAUUGCUUGCUCUGGAAUAUGCUUUGGAGAAAGGCGCUUUAUGUGUUGGCAUCACAAAUACUGUUGGGAGUGUAAUAGAUCGGAAUACACACUGUGGUGUUCAUAUAAAUGCUGGUUGUGAAAUUGGUGUAGCAAGUACCAAGGCAUAUACAAGUCAAAUAGUGGUGAUGGCCAUGUUAGCUUUGGCAAUUGGAGGUGACACAAUUUCUAAACAAGAGAGAAGGGAGGCUAUAAUAGAUGGUCUAUUCGAUCUGCCAAAUAAAAUCAGGGAGGUACUGAAGCUUGACCAGGAAAUGAAAGAUCUUGCAAAACUAUUGAUUGCUGAGCAGUCACUUCUUGUCUUCGGGAGAGGAUACAAUUAUGCAACUGCUUUGGAAGGUGCUCUAAAAGUGAAGGAAGUUGCACUUAUGCAUAGUGAGGGGAUACUUGCCGGUGAAAUGAAGCAUGGUCCAUUGGCACUAGUUGAUGAAAAUCUCCCCAUUGUUGUGAUUGCUACCCGUGAUGCUUGCUUCAGCAAGCAGCAGUCAGUUAUACAGCAACUACGUGCCCGCAAAGGGCGCUUGAUAGUAAUGUGUUCAAAAGGAGAUGCUGCAUCAGUGUGUCCUGGAGGAGGCUGUCGAGUAAUUGAAGUUCCUCAGGUUGAGGACUGUCUUCAACCUGUGGUUAAUAUAGUUCCAUUUCAGUUACUGGCAUAUCAUCUCACUGUCUUAAGGGGAUACAAUGUCGACCAGCCUCGGAAUCUUGCAAAAAGCGUGACCACUCAGUGAAGAAUGCUUACCGACGAAAUUCAAUCACGCAUCUCCGUAAAUUAUUGGAGUGUGACAAAGUAAAAAUUCUUUUGCCUCUUAUUUUUUUCCCUUCUCAUUAUUUGCAAGAGGAAUUAGUGAAGCAUUUCUGAAUUAAGGCAAGGAUGGUUUUUUCAUUUUAUGCCGGAUGGUCUGAAAUAACAAUCUAACAGUUCGGAAAGAAAGUCGUACAAAAUAUUUUGGGACAUCCAUAUAUCCAAAAAGGCAACAAAUUUUCAGUCCUUCGUUCUUUUCUUGAGUUCAUAUAAGGCCAAAAACAGCAGGG